AGUCUAAUCAAAGGGGUGUAAGAGAGAGCGCGUGAGAGCGAGGGAGAGAGAGAGAGAGAGAGAGAGAGAAGCUGGGUGGGGGGGGGAAUAUAAUUCCUGACAUGAGUUCCUACGUAGCCAAUUCCUUCUAUAAGCAAAAUCAAAAUGUUCCUGCCUAUUCCAUGCAAAGUUAUGGGAAUUAUGGAUCAUUGCCUGAGGUUCAGCCCUCCAGGUGCUGCUACACUGGGCUGGAUCUGAGCAUUACAUUCCCUCCAUCUGGGGCUUCCAACUCUCUGAACGGUGUGGACGUGUCUUCAACCCCCAGAUCUAACCCCGACCGGCCUUCCUGUACUGUCAUGGGAUCUUCAGGGCACACUUUAGGCAGAGACGACCAGGCUUCUCUAAACCCAGGAAUUUACAGUCAGAAGGCUGGUGGCACCAACAACCCCACGCCGUUGGAAGAUAGAUCUAAAACCAGUGGGGAAAUCAAGAGUGAACCGGUGCAAGCAGCCCAGCCCAGCGGCCAGCCUGUUCAGCAGUCGCCGCAGCAGCCACCACAAAUCUAUCCGUGGAUGACCAAACUACACAUGAGCCACGAAGCAGAUGGCAAACGUUCUAGGACCAGCUACACUCGCUAUCAAACUCUGGAGCUAGAAAAAGAAUUCCACUUUAACCGCUAUCUCACCCGUCGGAGGCGCAUAGAGAUCGCCAACAACUUGUGUUUGAAUGAGAGGCAGAUCAAAAUCUGGUUUCAAAAUCGGAGGAUGAAAUGGAAGAAAGACUCCAAACUGAAAAGCAAGGAGUCUGUCUAGUCCUACGGCCUCGGCUUCCUACCCGUGCAAGACUUGCAAAGUUCAGGUCUGUUGAAAUGAAUGCCUACUAAUCCUUUGCGCCCAAGUCAGGAUUGCGCCUGAAGCGACCACGCGAUCCAUCCGAGAGCACUUCUUCUUCCGCGGCUCCAAUCCUACCGCUGGCCCGAGGGGCGCCGCCUCCCCGAGUAAAGUUGCCUCCUUAGGAUCGGGCAAGCGCGAGCUAGUCUGGUCUCGAGACAAUAUUGAACGGUCUCGCGUGCGUGGAAUGAAAAUUGCCCCGUGGAGUCGUUUCCUAGAUGCUCUUAACCCGGAAAAACAAACAAGCUGGGAAAUCUGUUUGCUACCAGGAUGUGUUGUUCCGUGCUGGGGAUAUUUUCUGUAAUUCUCCUAUUCCCUCCCCUAUUUACUUAUUUUUGUAUUAUUGGCCUAUGAAAGAAAGUGAAACGGACUGAGAGCAACACGGUUUCCGCGCCUCUCCUGAGAGAUACUUGUGCAAAAUAGUAAAGCCCUGUGGAGGAAUGGAAUGGGGAGACUAGUGGAAAAGAGUGUGAAUUCACUUGGCUUAAAUAUUCCCCUGUAUUUAUUUGUUGUGUAAUUAAUGUAGUAUGUACAUAUAUUAUAUAUACAAUCCUUAUACAAAUUACACUUUGUUUACAUAUAGCCCAUUGUAGUCUCUUCCCCUCCUUCUCCCUAUUGUUGUAAUACCUAUAGUGUAUUUAUUGAUUGUAAUAUCAUAUGUGAAAGCCCAUGGAAUGAAUGAAUUGAAUGAAUGAAUAUAUGAAUAUUUAUAUAUGCGGCAGUUCACCAAAAUAAACUGUUAAGAAUACUUCAACAACUAAGGCCAAGUUUGGAGUGGGUGGAGAUGAAGGAAAUCAUGACACAUUUUUUCUUGAGUACCGCCCAGCACCGAGUCUAACAUUUUCCUAAUUCCUUAAUUUGAUUUUUUAAAAAAAGUAUUUUUGUUGUGGCAACAAAGUACACCAAAUCUGAGGUAGGGUGCAUUCAUUUGAGCAUACCAAAUAAUUUUCUGUGGAAGGGUUAAGCUUCAGUUGCUUUCAUUGACAUCUAGGAUAAUCCAGAACACUCCAGUUUCAAUUAAUUGGGUCCCUAAAUUUUAGAUUUAAAGGCCUGCUCAGAUCAGCAGAACUUUAGACCUCUGUCCUAAGAGCAAAAAAUGGAAAGUCAGCUCUGUACGGUUUGCAAUAGUAAUCAGUUUAAGACCCAAUUUAUCUUGGUUCAAAAUGGGCUCUUAUCUACUUCUAGUCCCUACAACUUUUAUUAUUAUUAUUAUUAUUAUUGCAGCAGAAUAAUUUGGGGUAAGAUAAAUUAAAUUGCAGACAAUCUAUCCACCCUCUUUCCUCUGUGAAAUGUUUGCUCUUUUCUUGGAUAGCCUGGCAACUUUUAACUUUCCCAAUUUACACAGCAUAGCUUUGGUGUCUUCAAAACUUGUCUGGAUCCUUUCUCAGAGAUUUCUUUCCAUUGUACCUUAUAAGAACACUCCAAACAAGACCACAUUUCUAAAGAAUUUGACCAUCUACUUUUUCCCCCUCUCCAGCCCAGCUGGAAGGAAAGUUCCCUCUUUUCCCCUGUCCCAUAAUUAACUUCCCAUGGACUUAUAGUGAAACCUGUGCCGAAAGGAACUGGGCUAUUGAUGACAAUAUCCGAACUUUCUUGGGUGCCUGUGAUUAUUAAAAUGGGUUGAAAUAAGAAUGGCAGAUUUUUCACCUUACUCUCAAGUAACAUGGGCUAAAAGGCAAAGAACUAAUGGGACAUUUCUGUGUGCUAAGUUUCAGAUAAAAGGUAUCUGGAAUAUUGAAAACUUGCAUACAUAUAUGCGUUCACAUGCAUCUAUAUUAUUGGUUUGUUUAUUUGGUUUGCCUAUUGGUUGUAUUACUGAACCCAUUAGGUGGAAGUUUGAUUUGACCAGGACAGAUACAGGCCUCUGGAAAUGUGGGGGGCAGGACCCUGUGCAUAGAUGUUUCAUGUGUGUCUAUGUAGAUCCAUAUAUGUGUUUUAUUGAAUUGCAUGUAUCAAUGUGAGUCUGGGGAAUGCAAUUGUCAAAUUCUUUCUAGAACACUUACAAGUCCAUUCAAACUAGCACUCAUGCCUGCCGUGUCUUUGGGGCUAUUUACAGUAGAAAUGCAUGCUUGGGGAUUCGUGGGAAUGAUCUCAAUAGCACAGUAAACCUUUGUACUGUUUCCUCUACACCAUCUUGAACAAUGGAGCAAUUUCCUGAACCCUGAAGCAAAAGUUACUUUUUCAGGAUGGUGAGAACUUUUGAAGAUACUCCUAAAACUCAAGAGCUUUCUGUCUCUGACUUCAAAAUGUCUGUUCUUUUCCUUUAAGUUCAUUGGUAUUUUUAGCAUUGUCUUUAUUAUGGACAAUAUAAAAUAACAAGGUGACUAAGGCAA